AUGCAGCCGGGAGCCGCGCUGCAGGCCGUGCUGUGGGCCGCGCUGCUGGCGGCGCCCCGGGGCGCCCCCGGCCGCCUGCUGAGCGCCUCGGACUCGGACCUCAGAGGAGGGCAGCCAGUCUGCAGAGGAGGGACACAGAAGCCUUGUUAUAAAGUCAUUUACUUCCACGAUGCUUCUCGAAGACUGAACUUUGAGGAAGCCAAGGCAGCCUGCAGUAGGGAUGGAGGCCAGCUGGUGAGCAUCGAGUCUGAGGACGAACAGAGACUGAUAGAAAAGUUCAUUGAAAACCUGCUGGCGUCUGAUGGUGACUUCUGGAUUGGGCUCAGGAGGCGUGAGCAGAGACAAAGCAAUAGCACAGCCUGCCAGGACCUUUACGCUUGGACCGACGGCAGCACAUCAACGUUCAGGAACUGGUAUGUGGAUGAGCCUUCGUGUGGCAGCGAGGUCUGCGUGGUCAUGUACCAUCAGCCAUCGGCACCUGCUGGCAUCGGGGGCCGCUACAUGUUCCAGUGGAAUGACGACCAGUGCAACAUGAAGAACAAUUUCAUUUGCAAAUAUUCCGAUGAGAGGCCAACAGCUCCUUCUACAAAGCCUGGAGGUGAAGGAACAGAGCCAGUGACACCCGUGCUUCCGGAAGACACGGGGAAAGAAGAUGCCAAAGAGACUUUUAGAGAAAACAAAGAAGCUGCCUUAAAUCUUGCUUACAUUCUAAUCCCCAGCAUCGUCCUUCUCCUCGUGAUCAUCACAGUUGUGUGUUGGCUUUGGAUCUAUAGAAGGAGGAAACGGGAGCAGCCAGGCCCCAGCACGAAGGAGCAGCACACCAUCUGGCCCUCUCCUCACCGGGAGAACAGCCCAGACCUAGAGGUUUACAACAUCAUACGAAAACAAAGUGAAGCCGAUUUAGCUGAGACCCGGCCAGACCUGAAGAACAUUUCAUUCCGAGUGUGUUCGGGGGAAGCCACUCCCGAUGACGUGUCUUGUGACUAUGACAACAUGGCUGUGAACCCAUCCGAAAGUGGAUUUGUGACUCUGGCGAGCGCGGAGAGUGGCUUUGUGACCAAUGACAUUUACGAGUUCUCCUCGGACCGAACGGGGAGGAGCAAGGAGUCUGGAUGGGUGGAAAAUGAAAUAUAUGGUUAUUAGGACACAUGAAAAACACGUGAACAAAUGGAAAUGGGAAAGAAAAGAGGAGCAAAACUCUCCUAUUUUCUGUGGGGAGAAGACUCAGAAUGUCUAUGAAAAUGCUCCGUUCAAGGUCUUUGGGGGUAAGCGUGUGAGCCCCAAUAGCCCCUGAUGGAUCCCCAAGUUUGGCCAGAUGCCCAAACCCAGCUUCUCACCCAGAUCAACCUUAUGAGAAAGCACCUUACCUGCGGUCAGGCACAGAGUAGAAAAUAAAUAUCAAUCAAUUGGUUAUAUCUGACUUUCAAGGGACAGUGCCUCCUUCCCUGGCAGGGAAGGUCAAGGCUGUAGGACUUGGGAAAGCCAUGUCUGGCUUAUAUUACAUGCACGGCCGCACAUAUGAUCACAACGAGACAGAAAUCUCAGAAUCUUUUCAAAGCCCACGUACUCUGGCAUCGGGCAGCCUGUGCGGGGACGAAUCUUAGAUCUGUUUUGUUUUGUUUUUCCAAAGAAUCAAAUCAAAUCAAAAGCAGGAAGCAGAAUGUUAGUCUGUCUGUGUCUACAGCCCUUCCUCUGCAUGUAGCCUCAGGGGACCUCUUUUUCUUUCUCCUCACAUCCAAACUUGGACAUAUCCAACGUGGAAAUACUUUACAAACUAAAACUGGAAUUUGAGUCUCGGCUUUUAGGCCUCUCUGUGUGCCCAGCCCUGAUAGCGCUCUUGUUUUCCUCGUGUGUUUGUUUUACGGCAACAACAACAUAGUUUGACUGAUGAUGGUAAUGCUCCUUCCUUUGUGUUGUAGGGACCUUUUCUCAAAUACAUUUGGACUCAAAUCCACAGAAGAGUUUCUCAGCCUAACAUCAG